GCAGCUCAACACAGCAGCGCAGCACAGCCCUCAGCCGAGCGGCCAGCACCUUAUGUUAGGACCAGCACCUGGUCGUAAAACUAUAUUACAUUAACAUGUAUGCUUCUGUUAGUAUUUUCUUUUCAACAUUUUUGUUUGUUAUGAUCAUGACUGAAAACAGAUCCAUCCUGAUGAAAAGGAGUCCAAUUUUUUAUCUGAUCUUAAUCACAGGAUUCAGCUCCUUUACUGUGGGAUCCUCAGACUUUCACUUUAUUGAUGUUUCAAAGAACUACGAGGAAGCAAAGAGUUACUGCAGAGCGACGUACACCGAUUUAGCCACAGUUCACAACUUGGCCGAUAUGAAGAAUUUGACCACUUUAGUUUCAACAGACAGAGCCUGGAUAGGACUGGAGGCCAGAGCUGUGAGAAUGUGGCACUGGUCCUGGCCUGAUCAUCCAGUGGAUUUUUUAAACUGGAAGGUAGGACAACCACUAAAAACCAAUAAGGAUGCAUGUGCGGCAUUGGAUCAACGUGGCAAGUGGUUUGAAAGUGACUGUAAAACGAAGAGAAGAUUUGUGUGUCGUGGUAACAGUGAAUCUAGUCCUCCCAUGUUUAUCGCCAGCAAAAAGUCAUGGAGGAAUGCUCAGACUUACUGCAGGAACCUGUCGCUUGAUCUGGUGAACAUACUCUCAGAGAAACAGAAUGAGGCUGCACAUAAUGUGUCCACGUCACAAAUUGUGUGGAUCGGCCUCUUCAAAGAUCCCUGGGAGUGGUUGGACGGAAGCAACUCAUCGUUUCGUUACUGGAAACCAGGUCAGCCUAACUACCAAAAAGAUCAGGACUGUACUGCUGCCAUAUUCAGAGAUGAAGGGCAGUGGAAUGACCGGAAGUGCAGACAACAAUUCAAGUUUAUCUGUCAGGGGGCAAGGAAAUUAAUUCCAACAACCACCAGUCUGACAACGACACAGAAGACGACGACAACAAGUCAACUGCCAACAAAUGCGACGACUCUUCCCAACACCUCUCCUCAAGAGGUCAUGACAACAUUUACUUCCACUACUCCUACCAAACAACCAAACACGACUAAUGUUACCACAGAAGGAGAAACAACUGCCACUGACACGACAACUGCAAAUACCACAGAUGUCGUACACAGCACCUCAAGCACUGAGGUCAACAACACAACUCAUGAGCAAGUGACCACCACUACCCAGAGCACAACACAGCUUUCAACUCUAACUUCCACAGGAAACAAUCAGUCUGUUCCUCCAGGAAAUCUGAUACUGAUCCAGCAAAACAUGACAUGGAUUGAUGCGAUGACUUACUGCAGGGAGCGCCACAAUGACCUCGUCCACGUUACCACCAGAGACAUUCAAGAGGAGGUGGCUGAAAAGGCGAAGAACGCCACCUCACCCCACGUCUGGCUCGGCCUACGCUACACCUGCAAGUUAAACUUUUGGUUCUGGACCAGGUCGACGUCCGCCUGCUACCAGAACUGGGCCCCGGGACAAGGCCCUGAACGAACAUAUGACUGUGGUGUUACAGGCGCCAUUGAGGCCACUGGGAGGCAGCAGUGGGUCGGCUUGCCUGAGACAGAGAGACUGAACUUCAUCUGCUCUGCAUGUGCUGGCUGAGUGUGGAGGGCCUGUGACCCUGCAGAUGAAGUAGAACGUGCAGUUUGAAUCAUUCUGUGUGAAGGAUUAACACCUUCGUGCUGGUUAUAUUCAUAUUGUUUUUCAUGGUUGAUCUUACAUUCAUGAUUUUGACUAUUGAAACGCUAAGCCAGUGAACUGUGACGGACUUCAGCAGUGGUAUCAUGGGUGUUUUAAUGUUCACGUGUGACGUCAUACUUUUACCUUUGUUAAAACACAGCUGCCUUCUCUAUUGUUGAGCCUGAAUUUCAUUAUAUAUGGAAAAACUCGUGCGGAGUGGAGGCGUGCACAUUCACAGUCAUGGGCAGCAAGAGUAAUGCGAGAACACUGAUCUGCUCUGUGCCUUUCACUCGGGGGGUUACUAUUUGCAUGUUGACCCCUUGGGUUGGGCCCCAAGAUUGUCUUUUUUAGACCACCGGAGUACGGCCCUGAUUCUGACUGCCGGCUGCCCUCACUGACCUGACCUUCGCCGGCAGCCACGCGGAAGACAGAGCUCACAGACCCUCACCUUCCUCACCGCACAGUCGAGGUACACGGAGCAUCUAUAACCAUGGGAACCAGCAAUGCUGCAUUUUCAGCAGUGAAAACUGAAAUUAUUAGAUCUCAAACUGUACAACAUGAAUACAACCGUGAACAGACUCUUCGGACUGGCUGGUUCAUGGAACUUAUUCGUGGCUAUGAAAUUUAACUUGAAUUUUUUUACUUUGCGCAACACAGUACAAGCUUCCUUACUUUUUGGAAAUAAUAUCUCCACAUACAUGUUCGAAUGAGCUUUAGUGCAUGUUAACAUCAAUGCUCCUUCUGGUCGAAAAAGAAGAAACUGUGUCAAAAGAGACACAACACAGGAAAUAUUCACUGUGAUGGCUGUCACUUAAAACUAUUGGAAAAUAAAUGAUAUUUGGUCUGUGCUGACGUGACUUCUUAAACGACCAACUGACAAUAAAAUGAAAUGUCUAAAUCACAAAA